CGAUUGUAUAUUUCUCCUUCAAAAUCUUGCAUUUGAUAAUGUAUAGAAGCAUAUUUAAAUGUAAAAUGUUAGAAAAUCUGUAAUACAAAAAAUGGUCUAAUGUAAAUUAACUGGGCUGAUAUAUGGUAUAUAAUCUUCCUGUAAAAAAACAAUUACUCUAAUAUGCCAACACAUUGAGCAAAAACGUAUUUAAAAAAUAAACAAUAAAUAAAAAGUGGUAUCCCACAUUCAACAUUUGUAUAUUCAACCAAGAUUGAAUAUAAGAAAGCAAAUAAAAUACUUGCUGAAGGGGGAUUGGGCCAGAUCUGUAUGUCUCUCUUCCUCAGAGAGCCUGAUAUCAGGAAACCAGUCCAGCUGGUUUGGCUGUCUGACAGGAACAACUGAAAUGAACCCAAAGUGUUUAGUGAAUCUUGCUACUGUGUUAUUGGUGGUGCUUCCUUGUUGUUUUAUGUAGAGAUACCACCAAAGUAUACUUAACAGGCGGUAAACUGGUACCUCAAAUCCACAUCAGAAAGGAGUUGUGGGAUUUGUUGUAUAGAGAGGGGUAGUACCGCUUUCGGCUGCAGGAGGGGGGUAAAGCACAGAAGUAAUGAGGGCUUCGAUGAGGAGGAGACGCCGAAUUAAAGCAGGGGCUGGCCUAGACUGAGGAUUUCCAUCGUGUCUUUGUAACCACACAUCGUAGAGUGAAAGCACGCUGCACUGAGUCAGACCAGCAGACACACGGCGGACUCCUCGUGGUUGAGCCCGGUCGGCAUCACACCGCACACCCGAGUUAAGGAGAGAGGAAGAAGAGACCUGCGACACACCGAGUGUCGGGAAAGCGGGAAGCACUGUGUACCCCAAGUGAGGAACAAGAAAGAGUAAACCUAGCUGAAGAUGUCGGGGUUAAAAAAGAGAAACUCGAACUCCUCGGCGGACAGGGAGGAGGACAAGCAGGUUACGGAAAGGAUGCUAUCUCCGGGCGGGGAGACGGGAGAUUCGAACCGGGGAGGAGCACCGGGAAGUGAGCCUAGCAGCCCUAACCACAAUGCCGGAGGAGAGGGAGGAGAGGGAGGGGAGGAAGGGGUCGCCCUGAAGAGGACCAUCACCCUUUUGAACGGUGUGGCUCUCAUCGUGGGCACCAUCAUAGGUUCAGGCAUCUUCGUCACCCCGACCGGCGUGGUGAAGGAGGCCGGCUCGGUGGGGCUGUCCCUGGUCGUCUGGGCGGUUUGCGGGGUGUUCUCCACCAUCGGAGCACUCUGCUACGCGGAGCUGGGGACCACCAUCAGUAAGUCCGGAGGGGACUAUGCCUACAUCCUGGAGGUGUACGGUUCCCUGCCGGCUUUCCUCAAACUCUGGAUCGAGUUGCUCAUCAUCCGGCCGUCCUCGCAGUACAUCGUUGCCUACGUUUUCGCCACCUACCUGCUGAAGCCUCUGUUCCCCGAUUGCCCGGUGCCGGAGGACGGGGCCAAGCUGGUGGCCUGCCUCUGCAUCCUCCUGCUGACUUUUAUAAACUGCUACAGUGUGAAGGCGGCCACCAGAGUGCAGGACUUCUUUGCAGCAGCCAAGCUCCUGGCCCUGGGCAUGAUCAUCAUCAUCGGCUUCAUCAACAUUGGACGAGGUGGCACAGACGGUCUUCUACCAGAAAAUUCCUUUGAGGGGUCCAAAUAUGAGUUUGGCAGCAUCGGCCUGGCCCUGUACAGCGGUCUGUUUGCUUACGGUGGCUGGAACUACCUGAAUUUUGUCACUGAGGAAAUGAUUGAGCCUUACAAAAAUCUUCCCCGGGCCAUCAUCAUCUCUCUGCCCAUUGUGACCGUAGUUUACGUUCUGACCAACCUGGCCUACUUCACAUCGCUCUCCCCUGAGGAGAUGCUCAGCUCAGAGGCCGUGGCUGUGGAUUUUGGUAACAAGCACCUGGGUCCCAUGGCUUGGAUCAUCCCGGUGUUUGUAGGUCUGUCUUGCUUUGGAUCUGUCAACGGCUCUCUCUUCACAUCAUCCAGGUUAUUCUUCGUGGGUUCCCGGGAGGGUCACCUGCCCAGUCUGCUGUCCAUGAUUCACCCCACCCUGCUGACCCCGCUGCCCUCACUUAUAUUCACUUGCUUGAUGACGCUGCUGUACGCCUUCUCCAACGACAUCUUCUCCGUCAUUAACUUCUUCAGCUUCUUCAAUUGGCUCUGCAUCGCCAUGGCGAUCGUUGGGAUGAUGUGGCUCCGUUAUAAGAAGCCCGAGCUGGAGCGGCCAAUCAAGGUGAAUAUUCUGCUGCCAGUGAGUUUCGUGCUCGCCUGUCUCUUCCUCAUCAUCGUCUCCUUCUGGAAGACUCCGGUGGAGUGUGCGAUCGGCUUCGGCAUCAUCGCAACCGGAGUUCCCGUCUACUUCAUCGGCGUGUGGUGGAAGAGCAAACCCAAGUGGAUGCUGAAUGGAAUCUUUUCGACCACAGCCUUGUGUCAGAAGAUGAUGGAGGUGGUUCCUCAGGCGUCUUAAAGCAGCCUUUCCGGAUGCACCAACAGGGACCUCGGGGCUCUGACAUCACAAUUGAUGACCUCUGUUGACCCCUUUCAACCCAGCAUUUCUCCCUCUCACACUCAUACACACACCCUGUCUGCAGGGUGCUGAUAAGGACCUGAUGAAGAGGAGCGUCUGAAGCUACCGUGUCUUUGCGGUCUUCAACGUUUUUUCUUUCUGUUGUUUCUUAUGUUGCUGACUUUUUUUUGUGCAGAUAUCUUUUGUCACUAACUUUCCUUUGUAGGUUUUUAUGCGUUGAUUUUUUGUACGAUGCAUUUCAAUGAAUUAACUAUUUUUGUUUCAUGUAAGAUAUCACCCUCAUCAGAAACCUGUUUUUAGCAAGUUGUGCCUUACGUGGCCAUGAAGCUCGUGAUGUGGUAUUAACCUGCAAACCUGUAUAAAUCUGAAUCCGUUACAAGCAGGGCCUUUUUUUAAUCCUUAAGAAACUCCACAUAUAACCUCCUAAAGCCAACUUUUGCUCUUAAGUAGAAGAUGAAUUUGUUUGAUAUUAAUGAAGCUUAUGUUUGUCACUAUAAGUGUAUGUCUGUUGAGUGUUAGCCCUGCUCUCUACUCUACUUUCAUAUGCUGCUGUAGGAAGAGAGUGAAGUUGACUGAAGAUCUUGUAGGAGGUUUUUUCCUCAUUUUAACAGUAAAAAUACUGACUUGUAUUAACUAAAACCUUCAGAGAAAAGAAGAUGAACUAUAAAUAGAAGUUUUAUGUUUUUGUUCAAAGCAUUUUCAUCACAUAUUUCUUUACAGCAUCACUGUAAACCUGAGCAAACUAUGUGCAGUCUACUGAUGUCCCCUCACAGGAUUCCUGGGUCAGAUUGACUCAGGCGCAAAUACCAGUAUUGGGGAAAUGGUUUCAUGACUUAUGACAUAAAGCAUUUUCACUUAUGGGAUCAAUAUCUGAGCAUUCUGAGCCCGGCUUACUGUGUGUGUGUGUGUGUGUGUGUGUGUGUGUGUGUGUGUGUGUGUGUGUGUGUGUGUGUGUGUGUGUGUGUGUGUGUGUGUGUGUGUGUGUGUGUGUGUGUGUGUGUGUGUGUGUGUGUGUGUGUGUGUGUGUGUGUGUGUGUGUGUGUGUGUGUGUGUGUGUGUGUGUGUGUGUGUGUGUGUGUGUGUGUGUGUGUGUGUGUGUGUGUGUGUGUGUGUGUGUGUGUGUGUGGGAUUUUUUACAUUGUGGGCUCAGUCAGUUUCUCUUGUUUUGCUCCUUCCUGACUAACAGGCACUUGUUAUAUUUGUAUGGAGCUGUAUGUGUGAGUGUCUGUGUAAGUGUGGGGGUCUAUAAGGUUCAAAGGGGUAAUAUAAGCAGACAGGCGUCUCGAAGCUGCUGUCAAUGAAAUGAGAUAAAAGAGGAAGGAUAUGUUUCUUUUAAAAAUGUUGUCACACACAGAGACCGUUACAAUAAAAAAGUUAGUGCUGUAUUAUUAACGUCGACCCCUCCUCCUGGCAAUGGACCAAAAUGACCUGUUACCGUGGCGGUGCUGUUUCCGUAGUGACGACAGUGGAGGUGGAUGCAGGAGGGGUUAAUGUGUAUGUUUUAGAAGUAGAGCCUUUUUAACACUCCAGCCAUCGCACAGAGCGGAUGGGACAGACUAACCCAAAUAGGACUGUAGAAAGUGUAUUUAUUUAUUUUUAGUCCCUCUUAUUUGUUUAAAGGGCAUUUUUGUGAAAAGUGCUUUACAAAUAAAUCUUGAGGUUUUUUUCCAA